GCGUCUGUGCAAUGUAUUGAUGUAAACAUUCUCUUGUCAUUAUAUUUCAGAGCGUUUAGAAGAGCGUAUGGAAAUGCUUUGAGGCGCAUCUGAAAAAUAUGUAAACAGCUGAUGCAGUAGUAACACGUAAAACAGUUUGAUGUGCUUUGUUUGUGAAAGUAAUCUCGAAUUUUGAACAUUUUAAAUUCCUAGUUAAAGCACAAGUGCGAUAAAAUUCUUUGUUUAUGAGUGCUCUGGUUUGGAUGUAAAUUACCUAUUUACUAUAAACUUUUUAGUGAAGAUACCACUAUUUUUAUAUGAAGUGUGAGCAAGGGCUUCAGUAUUUUUAAUAAAUGAAAAAACUACUUCGAUAUAAAACAGGAUACACUAAGUAAACAUGCCGUCGCUUUUAGAAGCGUUGGAACGUAAGUAUGGCGCAAAAGGAGAGAUUAAUCCAGCUAUAGACGACAUACCAGUGGCGAUCUUUGUGCCCAAACGGUCGCCAAGACUCAGCGUACCCACGCUUUUGGUGCUGAACGAUUGUGAUAUUGACUGUGCUGGGGAUGCGAAUACCUUAGCUGACAAAUGUGCAGAUGUUGUAGAACUGGAUCUUGCCAACAAUAAACUUAGUGAUUGGAAGGAGAUAUUUGCAGUACUGGAGCAGACUCCUCGGGUCAGAUUUUUAAACCUAAGCUUCAAUCGGUUGUCCGCCCAAAUCCAGGCAGCUCAGGCACUUCAUCCACGCUGGGACAGCUUAAGUCAUCUCGUGUUAAAUUCCACUUACGUCGGAUGGCCGAGUGUCCUCGGCUUACUUAAGGUUCUACCAGCUCUUGAAGAGUUGCACUUGAGCCUUAACGAGUAUUCCUACGUGAAUUUAAGCGGGAAGGAAGCCAAGAAAAGUGACAUCUGCGAAGGAUGCUCCCGCCUUAAUAUAGAUGAGGCAAAACCUGUUCACAAACAGUUGAGGCAGCUGCAUUUCUCCGGGAACCCUGUCAGUAAUUGGCGGGAGAUAUCUAAACUGGGUUACGCUUUCCCGAACCUGGAGACUCUUCUGGUUAACGAUUGUACCUUAACGACGCUGGAACCCGACCCUUGUGAUAAAUGCGAUGACAGCAAUGGGAACAAGAAGAGCCAUGAUGCCUUCCCACACCUGCGGUUUCUGAACUUAAACAACACCGGGCUAGCCACGUGGGAUGAGGUCGACAGACUUGCGAAAUUUCCAGCCCUCAAAAGUUUAAGAGUUCAGGGCUGGCCACUGUGGGAACGUUUCGAGUCCACUGAACACGAGAGGCGACUGCUGCUGGUGGCAAGACUCCCGCACGUAAGGACCCUGAACGGUGGCGGCACCGUACCGCCUGAGGAAAGGGAUGCGGCCGAACGAGCCUUCAUUAGAUACUACAUGGAGAAACCGGAGUCGGACCGACCUGACAGAUACUGGGAGCUUGUAGGCGUUCACGGGAAACUGGAUCCUCUAGUUUCGAUUGACUUGCGACCGGAAAAGCGAGUGCAAAUCACCUUCACGUGCGGAGACACUAGCGAAGUGAGGACUGUCGACGUUUACAGGACUGUCUCCGAUCUUAAGACGCGGCUUGAGCGGCUAGCGGGAUUCCCCCCUUCUAAAAUGCGUUUGUUCUACGUUGACCAGGAACUGAGAGACUCACAGAUGUUUCAGGGUCCCGAGGAAAUGAAGUACCCAACGAAACAGCUGUAUUCAUACAACAUCCGGUCGGGGGACGAAAUCAUCAUAGAGUCAAAACUGAAGCACUCGAUUUCCGCCAACUCUGGGGCAUGAAAAUGUAUCUUGAUAGUUUUUAACAACUACCGUCAUUUGACUUGCAAGUUAAACUGUACUCGUAUAAGAUCUAGCAACGUCGCAAUAUAUUUUAUUAUUGAGAAAAGGUAAUUUGAAUAAAUUCAGCCUUAAUAAAAGAUUUGAAAAUAUAUUUUUUUAAUUUUAAACGCGUAUUAAUGAUGACGAAACUUUCUGGCAAACUGUAUUACUAAAAAAAGACAAAAAGUUUAAGUAAUAAGGAAUUUUUACAGAAGCCCCAGCUUAACACACCAAAAAAUCUUGCAUUCGAUUGCUAGCUCGUACCUUUAAGUUUGAAUUAAGUAGGUACUCGUAUCAUGUUCUUAAGUCACUAAUACCUUAUCUGAUGAUCAAAAUAUUAGUGUUUGUAAAGUAAAAAGUAGCAAUUUAGCAGGACAUUCGUUUUGUUCCAACAGUAUACUUUAAUGCAAUUUUCUGUAGUGGAUUACACAUCUGAACACUUUUAGUAAAUAUUA